UUCGAUUCGCAAAUUCGAAUUUAGAAAGUUAACUUUUUAUUCCGGCACAAGUUUAACGAGGUUGGAGGUGUGGAGUCGAGUGGCCAGUCGUAGUUAGUGUGUCAGUGUGAGAGCACGUGUACGAACCGUGCCCGCGAAGUGAACGAACUUUUAUAUGUUACCGUUGUUUUUGUUAUCAUUGCCAAAAAAGGAUUUUGUAAAAGCGAGCGAUCGAGGAUGUCAGCUACAAAGUACCUGCACCCCUUCCUUCGAGGACUGAAACCCUUGCCUGAGGGCCACGAGGAUGAGAUACAGCAGAUCAGGGAAUGGAUGAAAAGUCAGCCGCAUCUGCCCCAUAUUUCUGAUGAGUACGUCAUCCUGUUCCUGCACUCCAACUACUACAAGGUCAAAGAGACUAAAGACACCAUAGAAUGCUACUUCACCUUGAGAGCAAACACUCCAGACCUGUUCACCAACCGCGACCCCUUUGGACCGAAGAACAAAGCUAUUUUGGAUAUCACGCACAUGGUAGGCCUUCCAAACAAGACUGCAGAAGGUUACAACGUCCUGCUGUACCGGCUGGCAGAGUUUGACUAUAGUAAGCUGAACUUCGCUGAUGCCGUGCGUGUAUUCUGCAUGUUCAACGAUGUCAAGCUGUCAGAAGACAGGUUGUCUGAAGGCUACAUCGUCAUCUUCGAUAUGAAGGGCUGCAGCCUCGGUCACCUGACCAGGGUGACUCUUCCUGCGCUGAGAGCCUUUAUGCAUUAUAUUCAGAACGCCCACCCUUGCCGUCUAAAGAAGAUCCACGUGGUCCACACAGUAUCCUUCAUCAACCAAGUCAUGUGCCUUGUAAAACCGCUCAUCCAUUCCAAUCUCCUCAACCUGCUGAACUUCUCUUCCGAAGGACCAGAGUCUGUAGUAGAUAAGGAACUCCUGCCCGAAGACUUUGGAGGACCUUUGCCACCAGUGAAGCAGCUACAUGAAGAACAGAGGAAAAAUAUGGAGGAGAAUUAUAGAGAGUGGCUGACUGAGACUGAGAUCUUCAAGGCUGAUGAGAAGAAGAGGAUUAAGAAGCCUAGUAAAGGUAUGUUUGCUAGCUUCACCAGUAGUUUUAAAAGCUUGGACAUCGACUGAUAGGGUUAUAUCUAUGUCGCGCUAGGGACCUGAGAGUUUCAUUUCACUUGUUUCUAGAAUGUUCUGUUAGUGGCUAGCAGGUCAACCUACACCAAUAUAUUAUUGGAUUUUCGACUGUAUAUCAAAACAAUUAAGCUGAAAAAAGAAUUGGUAGGGUGUAGUUUGACCUGCUGGUUACCGUAUUAAUUUAUCUUUAAGUAUUGUAUAAGACUUUGUAGACGCUCAGUGGUUGUUGUAUCUGCCCUAUUUAUUUUCAGUCUUAUUGUGUUUCGUUUUUAAUGACUUAUCUGAUUUUAAUCCAAAAUCUCAGUAUGUUUUUUGACUUAAUCUCUAUAGAAGGAAUAUCAAAAAUGUAUCUUAAAGUAAUUGGAUUAUGGUUGGUUAUUGAAAUCGUAAUUAGAAACAUUUUAAAUGUCGUUGUGUCUUUUUCAUGGCUAUGGAUUUUGAUAGAGACAGAAUGUCUAGCUAUGAAAUCGAAUGCUUUGCAAUUGUAAAAAAAAAAGAAGAUUUAUAGAAUAAACUUUCAAACGCUAACUGUCGUGUACGAUAGAGUUUGUAAGAUUUACCUACGUAAUAUUAUGAAAUUUGUAUUUUUUUUAUUAUUUUUUUUAAUGGUAAGUACGUAUUGUAGAAAUUGAGUCAUAGAUAAAAUUGAUUUUAAUACUCUGGUUUUUUGACGAAUUUCUUUGUUUGUAAUAUCCUCAAUUUUAUGUAUAUUUUUAUUUAGUUACAGGUUGUGAUUAAUACUUGUACGCUUUUAGUAUUAAAAUGACUCAUUUUGGACCAUUUUGUAUGUUUUUAGACAAUUAAUGUUUUUUAUUGUAUUGUAAUUAUUUUCUUUGCUCAAUUUUUGGACAUAUAUUUUUGUAUUUAAUUAUGUUUUGAAUAUCGAUAAAAGUGUGGUUUUGGGUUCGUGUGAUUGAAAAAAAAAUAUUUUUGAAAAACAUUUUGUCACGUUAAACGAGACUUUUUGUCAAAAGUUACCAUAUUUUUUGUAAAUUUUCAUACGAUUAGGCACUGCUUUGUAUAUAUUUAGGAGUUUCCUUAUUUCUGCUAAGUUUUGAAAACUAUACUCAAGUGGUUUCUUGGUUCGAGAAAAAAAUUAAAUGAUAUCAAAUUUUACUGUAGCAAUUUUUUAUGAAUUUCUAUUUUUUAUUGUUACAUUUUAAAUAUCAAUGUGUUACAAUAUUAUGCUUAUACGUAACAAGCCAAAUCGUUAUAUUUUUAUAGG